AAUACUGGCUGGCGGGCGGAAGUGCAGGCCUGCUUGAGGUAUGCCGUGAGGCGUCGGCUGGGCGCUGCGCGUGGCGGGUCUCCGAGACUUAGUCUCGGAGGGCCGCCAUGGCCAGCGUCCACGAGAGCCUCUAUUUCAAUCCAAUGAUGACCAAUGGAGUGGUGCACGCCAACGUGUUCGGCAUCAAGGACUGGGUGACGCCAUAUAAGAUCGCGGUACUGGUGUUGCUGAACGAGAUGGGCCGCAAGGGCGAGGGCGCGGUCAGCCUCCUGGAGCGGCGGAAGCUCAACCAGCUACUCCUGCCGCUGCUGCAGGGCCCAGACAUUACACUGUCAAAACUAUACAAGUUAAUUGAAGACUCUUGUCCUCAGCUGGCAAAUUCAGUACAGAUCAGAAUCAAACUGAUGGCUGAAGGCGAAUUGAAGGAUAUGGAACAAUUUUUUGAUGACCUUUCAGAUUCUUUUUCUGGAACUGAACCAGAGGUUCACAAAACAAGUGUAGUAGGUUUAUUUCUGCGUCACAUGAUCUUGGCCUACAGUAAACUUUCUUUCAGUCAAGUGUUUAAACUAUACACUGCCCUUCAACAGUACUUCCAAAAUGGUGAGAAAAAGACAGUGGAGGAUACUGAGAUGGAGCUGACAAGUAGAGAGGAAGGAGAAAGAAAAAUGGAAAAAGAAGAACUUGAUGUGUCCGUAAGAGAAGAAGAGGUAUCUUGCAGUGGACCUCUAUCUCAAAAACAAGCAGAAUUUUUUCUUUCUCAGCAGGCUUCUUUGUUAAAGAAUGAUGAGACUAAAGCCCUCACUCCAGCUUCCUUGCAGAAAGAAUUGAACAACUUGUUGAAAUUUAAUCCUGAUUUUGCUGAAGCGGUAAGUCUUUUCUGGAAUUUGUUGCUGAGAUGGAAGAAGGUCAAGGCUGUUUGGUAUAUUAAAUACAAAAAGUUUGAUUCAUCUGUCAUUAGUCAACAGGCAGAGCUCGCCCUGCAGGAGGCAAUUAGGAUUGCCCAGGAGUCCAACGAUCACGUGUGUCUCCAGCACUGUUUGAGCUGGCUUUAUGUGCUGGGGCAGAAGAGAUCCGAUAGCUAUGUUCUGCUGGAGCAUUCUGUGAAGAAAGCAGUACAUUUUGGGUUACCGUACCUCGCCUCCCUGGGAAUACAGUCCCUUGUUCAACAGAGAGCUUUUGCUGGGAAGACGGCCAACAAACUGAUGGAUGCCCUAAAGGACUCUGACCUCCUGCACUGGAAACACAGCCUGUCGGAGCUCAUCGAUAUCAGCAUCGCCCAGAAAACGGCCAUCUGGAGACUUUAUGGCCGCAGCACUAUGGCACUGCAGCAAGCCCAGAUGUUGCUGAGCAUGAAUAGCCUGGAGUCAGUGAAUUCCGGAGUGCAGCAGAACAACACAGAGUCCUUUGCUGUCGCGCUCUGUCAUCUUGCAGAGCUACACGCAGAGCAGGGCUGUUUUGCCGCAGCUGCUGAAGUAUUAAAGCACUUGAAGGAACGAUUCCCACCUAAUACCCAACAUGCCCAGUUAUGGAUGCUAUGUGAUCAAAAAAUACAAUUUGACAGAGCAAUGAAUGAUGGCAAAUAUCAUUUGGCUGAUUCACUUGUCACAGGAAUCACAGCUCUUAAUGGCAUAGAAGGUGUAUAUAGAAAAGCAGUUGUACUACAAGCUCAGAACCAAAUGUCAGAGGCACACAAGCUUUUACAAAAAUUGUUGACAUACUGUCAGAAAUUAAAGAACACAGAAAUGGUGAUCAGUGUCCUGCUUUCGGUGGCAGAGCUGUAUUGGCGAUCUUCCUCCCCUACCAUUGCGAUGCCUGUGCUGCUGCAGGCUCUGGCCCUUUCCAAGGAGUAUCGGUUACAGUACUUGGCCUCCGAAACCGUGCUGAAUUUGGCUUUUGCCCAGCUCAUCCUUGGAAUCCCAGAACAAGCCUUAACCCUCCUCCACAUGGCCAUCGAGCCCAUCCUGGCUGAUGGGGCUAUCUUGGACAAAGGCCGUGCCAUGUUCUUAGUAGCCAAGUGCCAGGUGGCUUCAGCAGCUUCCUAUGAUCCACCAAAGAAAGCAGAAGCUCUGGAGGCCGCCAUCGAGAACCUCAAUGAAGCCAAGAACUAUUUUGCAAAAGUUGACUGCAAAGAGCGAAUUAGGGACGUCGUUUACUUCCAGGCCAGACUGUACCACACCCUGGGGAAGACACAGGAGAGGAACCGGUGUGCGAUGCUCUUCCGACAGCUGCAUCAGGAACUGCCCUCCCACGGGGUGCCUUUGAUAAACCAUCUCUAGAGAACACAUUUUUACUGGCCUAUGGCCAGAGUUUAAGACAGACUUUGUGCUCCACCCACCAUAUCAAUGGUGUAUCCAUGACACCCUAUCUUGGUAAUAAACUAUGUUCUGAUCA